AUGAGAGAUCAUUUGAACAACAAGUCGCAAGAGUACCAGAAGCUGCUGCUAUCAGCGUCCAUAAGGAGAGAGGCAAAACAGAAUGAAGAAAAUAACGAUGCGAAAAAUUACUCGUGUGGAAAGAGCCACAAUAAUAAUUUUAUCCUAUACAUGGAAUUUAAAUUCGAGAAUAUAAUCCUGUCCAGGUAUCUAUUUGACAUCAGGGAUGAGUUGGGGACGCCGAUCCGGAACAGCGUACAAAUAACGAGGUUCAUCAUCAUGAGGAGCGACAACCACAUCAUGGGCACGUGUGUAUCCAACAGAGUCAUCCUCUGCUACAGAAACGACAAGGAGACGAAAACUAUACUCCACAAGCUCAAGGAGGAAUUAAAAAGAAAAUAUUUCAUAAGUCUAACCGAUGAAAGAAAUGAAGACACAAACGGUAAUGAGAUCGACAAGUCCCUCCUUUCAUACAUUAUUCAAUUUACUUUAGUAUGUAAGUACAUAGAGAGUGGGAAGUGGGUUCACAUAUGGGAUAACAUGAAUACUAUAGUUGAAUCCAAAUUUUGUGGAAAUAAUUCGAGUAAAUAUUUUAACUGUAUAGGUUUUAAAUUUGAUAUUUUAAAUACGAAUUAUAAGGUGACUAGCCAAAAGAAGAAUUGUAUACAUUUGGUGCAAAUGCAUUUAAAGGUUAUGUUAAGUAUGUAUAAGAUUCUUCCUGUAGUGGAAGAACAAAUUUGUGAACACAUGUUUGUAUAUUGCCUACCGCGGUGUUCCAUGAGGGCUACCAUUUUAAAUGUUCAAGACAUUUCAGAUGCAACAGUGGAGAAACAAAAUUUCAAUUACAAGGAUUAUUGGCUUCACGUACACGGUUAUGUGUUAAACCAAAAUGCGCUGAAAAAAAUUGUCAAGGUGAGACUCUACAAAGGAGUUUUUAAUUACCCCCAAGGAGUUCUCCUAAGGGAUAAUAUAUAUAAAUUAAAUAUACCCAUAAAAAAUGAACCUUUUUUUUACGUCUGCCAAUUUUUGAGUACUUUUGAAUUGUUAAAAAAGGCACAAAUGAAUUUGUUGAAAUGGUCCCAGUGUGAUGAUGCAGCAGGGAACAAUAUCUACGAUGAUCUUUUCCUACCUCACAAUAGCAUUGGAGUAAGAAAGGAACAGGGGGAUGGUCAGGAUGAUUCAGAAUUUUACUCAAAACUGAAUCGAAUUUGUAAACACCAAUUUGAAGGGAACAAUUUUUCUCAAUCCAUUUCGCAAUCAAAUAAAGUACAAAAGACAUACGACAAUUCGUACCACAUGUAUGGAAAUACUUUAACCACCUCAGGGGUUUCAAUCAACUUGGACUUUUCGAAAAACAAAAAAAGUGGUAACGGAAAGGACUCCUGUAACAGCGAAUUGGAUACCUUCCUCAAGGAGUCUGCCUUGGCCUACUACGCAAGACAUGCUAACCCAUUCAAUACAAAUGACCUGACUCACAAAAACAAACAGCAAGACACCACAGUAGUGCAUAUAAUGGAUAAUCAGCACCGCCAAGCAGCGAAGACAAGGGCACAAAUGGAAGAAGCUUACACGGUGGGGAAUCCACACCAAAGCAACAACCAAUUGGACACAUACCUACACAACGUUGCAAAGAGUUACAACUCCGUGGAGGAAAACAAUGCCGAUCAUAUGACCGAGGUUAGCAUGCUGGGAAAAGUAAACCCACAAAUUAUUUUUUCCAAAGAUUUUGAGAAUUUUCUGGACAAUCUAGAUGAGGCCGCGCUGUACCAGCAGGAGCCCCUACUAACCCAAGUGAAUUUUGACCAGCGGGAAGGGAAGCGGCCCAAUUUUCCCAUGACCAGCCCGCCACUUGGCCAGCAGAAAGAUUACACGCAGGGGUCAUGA